AUGGCGCGCAGAUUUAUGAUCCCGUGGUUGUACGACCUCGGAGUGUGGAUUUUCACUCUCUGUCUGGACAUCUUCUUCCGCGAGGUCUACUCGCGCGGCGCAUGGCGGAUUCCCAAACGCGGCCCUGUCAUCAUCGUCGCCGCCCCUCAUGCAAAUCAGUUUGUAGAUUCCAUUCUGUUGAUGCGCAUUUUGAAACACUAUGCCGGUCGCAGAACCUCGUUUUUGAUCGCCGAGAAGUCCAUGCGCGAGCCGUACAUCGGCACCAUGGCCGGGUGCAUGGGCGCUCUCCCCGUCGUGCGAUCGAUGGACCAUGUCAAACCCGCCAAGGGUGAGAUUUACCUCCCCGAUCCUGACAACGAUCCGACCCUGGUCCGUGGCAGGGGUACCGACUUCACUUCCGAUCAGUUCAUGGUGGGCGGCGCCAUCAUUCUCCCGCGUGUGGGCAAAACAAGUCCGGAACAACAGGCAAUUGAGGAGAUCUUAGGACCCGAGGAAAUUCGUCUGCGGAAACCAUUUAAGAAGUUCGAGAAGGACCAUCCCCUUUACGAGCCAUUGCGCAAGGGUACCCCAUUCAAGGCUGCUCCUCACAUCGAUCAGAGCAAGAUGUUCGCCUCCGUGUAUUCCGAGCUCGUCGCAGGUGGUUGUAUCGGUAUCUUCCCGGAAGGCGGAAGUCAUGAUCGUCCCAGUCUGUUGCCCUUGAAAGCCGGUGUCGCCAUUAUCGCCCUCGGAACGCUCGCGCAGGAUCCCAACUGCGGUCUCUCUAUUAUCCCAUGCGGCAUGAACUACUUCCAUCCGAACAAGUUCCGUUCUCGUGCCGUUGUUGAAUUCGGUAACCCUGUGCAAGUUCACCCGGAUCAGAUUGAGGCUUUCAAGGCUGGUGGAAACUCGAAGCGGAAUGCUGUGGGAUCUCUGUUGGAGACAAUCACGGAAGCACUCACUGCAGUAACCCAGCAAGCGCCCGACCACGAGACCCUGAUGGUCAUCCAAGCCACCCGACGACUAUAUAAGCCCUUGCGAAUGAAGCUCCCUCUGCCCGUUGUGAUCGAACUGAACCGCCGACUUCUCAAAGGCUACACCCAAUUCAAAGAUGAACCCAAGGUGCUCCAGUUGAAGAAGGCCAUCUCCGACUAUAACCGCCGUCUCCGGGCCCUCGGGAUUCGGGAUCACCAGGUUGAAUGGGGUGACGUGACGCAUCGGCCGUGGUGGCUUGUCUUUGGUACCUUGUUAUACCGCGUGGGAGAGUUGCUUACGCUUGCGAUCGGAACCUUGCCAUCGGUGGCACUUUUCUGGCCUGUCUUCGUGACGGCCAAGGUUGUUUCGGUCAAGAAGCAGCGCAAGGCCCUUGCCGGUUCCGUGGUCAAGCUCGAGGGUCGCGACGUCGUUGGAACGUGGAAGAUCCUGGUCGCUAUGGGAUUGGCACCAGCCCUCUAUACCUGGUAUACCGUAAUUGUGACGAUCUGGCUCCAUUACUGCCGCCAUGACGGAUACUACGCGUCUGUAGCGCCGUGGUGGCUGAACGCCAGGACUUACAUCUCCGACUCGAUCCCCCUUGCGCUUUUCUCGAUCUUCUUCUUUGGCCUCAUGAUCUCUGUCUCAUUCGCGGGUCUCCGUAUCGGCGAAAUUGGUAUCGACGUUCUGAAAUCCCUACCUCCUCUUCUCCGGGCCCUCGACCCAAGAUCCGCCAAUUCGCUCGCCAAACUCCGCGCUGAACGCCAGGCCCUUUCCGCACGUGUAGUCGAUGUAAUCGACACCUUCGCCCCCGAGAUCUUCCCUGACUUCGAAUCGGAGAAGCUCAUCUCACACGAACACCCCGAGGACGACACCUACCAAUCCCGUCUCAAGAGCAUGCCCCCCAGCGAGCCCGAAAGUCGCAACCGCAGCAAAGACCGAACCAGCCGGAGCCGAUCCCGAAGCGCGGGAUUCCUGUACGACACACUCCUCAAGCCCCUCUCCAUCAAAUCCAAGGACGAUCUUGGAGAAGUCAACCGCCGGAUUCAUGUCUCGAUGCAAGAGCGCGGUCGUCAACGUGUCCGGAACGAAAUCGACCCCGACGAAGAUGUGGUUUCGCUUGACGGUUCCACCAGCGCUCACAGCGGGGACAUCGCGGUAGAGGAGGUGAAGAAGACGAAAUAG